AUGCUUUGCCGCCCUGUUCAAAGUGCCAAAUGGAGCAUUGUCAGUGUCCGCGACCCGAUCUGCGGGACAUGGGUGGCUAUCGUUCCUGUCUCAGCUGCGGUUCGCAGGGUAAGCCAGACGCCCCCAACAACCAUACUUCCCGCCGACGAGGCUGACAUGGACUCCGACGAGAAAGUGACGAUACGUCCAACCUCAAGUCAAGACCCUUUCCGCUAUCAACAGUUGAAUGAUGCGUCCGAGUUCCGGUUGCUUCGUCUCUUUCCCGGGUCGCCUGGUGACAAGCUUGGAUGCGACAUCUUCCACGUGAACCUCCGACAACUCCCGCGAUACGAAGCUGUGUCAUACACGUGGGGGAACGACCGUCUCUGUCAAGAGCUGUACUCAACAAAGGGGCUGAUCAAAAUCACGGACAACUGUGCACAUGCUCUGACAGCCUUGAGGUAUCCCGAAGACGAGCGAGUCCUCUGGAUAGAUUGCGUCUGCAUCGCGCAGGCAGACAAGCAAGAGAAGAAUCACCAAAUCCCACUGAUGCCCCAGAUAUAUGCUGGAGCGAAGUGUGUACUGAUACACCUCCAUCACAUGGACACCUCGGGCAACACCGAAAGGCUUUUAGACCUACUGCGCAAGCGCACGACUGCGUCUGCCUGCAGGACACAUCGGAAACAAAUGGCUAAGCUACUAUCUCUACCAUGGUUUUCCCGGAUUUGGGUUCUACAAGAAGUUGUUGCCGCCAGCAGGGCUAUCAUCGUUAUUGGUACGGAAUCUCUGAACUGGCAAUACCUAUCGAUUGCGAACAUUCAAGCAGUCGGCUUAGGCUCAACCGACCUGAGGAAGAGGGUUCCUCCGGUCCUCUUGCUGUCGGACGCUGAUACGAAACCCCUGAAAGACCAUGCCUCACUCCUUGCAAUGGCCCGCAGCUGUUUAUCCGGUGACCCUCUGGACAGAAUCUAUGCUCUACUCGGCCUGGUCGACGAAAGAGCUGGCAUCAACGUGACACCCGACUAUAACAAAUCGGCUCGGGAACUUUACACUGAUGUCACCCUUCAGUUUCUUAGAAAAGACAACUGCUUGGACUUCCUAUCUGAUACUGGCCAACCCAAAAUAGCUGGACUUGGUCCAGACGCUGUUUCGACGUUCCCGGAUGCUAGAGACAUGGAAUUGGAAUUUCUGAGAGCGGUUCAACCAUUCCAUGAUGAAUUGAUGAAGACCCCCUCUACUUUACGCUCGAGUAAACAGUGCCGCACUUCUAGAAUGCGAACCUGGAGACUUCUUUGGGAAAAAAUUGACUCCCGUAUCACAAACUACGUCGACAAGUCGGCUUUCAAAUCCAUCGUAUUUGAAGAUUGGGUGCGAUUCUUCAAUGACAUGCGAGCAGGAUUUGAAAAAGCCUUUUCGGUGUUCAAUAAAAUGACUUAUGAUCCGGACCCAGAGUUAGAUAGGAUACUCAGACGGAGAUACUACAGACAAUCGGUGGAGAGGAUCAGGUUGCUUGAGGCUAAUCAUAUCUAUUCGUUGAAAAAGGAGGUACUUGAAGCGAUCAUGGAGAAGCACGGGACGCUUCUUGUUCCAGAGUACCUUUUUGGGCGCACCAAGUCGCCACAGGAAAACGCCGAGGGGCUGGAUGAUGAAGACUUGGCUUUGCCGUCCUGGGUACUUGAUUUCCGCCAUCAUGCACGCAUUUCGUCCUUCGCCCGCUGCAAACCGGAUAAAUUUUCAACAGGACCGGUUGCACGUUUCCAGCCAAGCACUAGCGAUUAUCCAAAGCCUUCUCUGCAGGUCAUGGCCGUAUUCGUUGACAAAGUCUCAAGUACACAUCGCAAACCUGGCGAAAGAAUCCAAUUGUGGCACACUUCUUUCUUAUUUGAGGGGGAAGUGGACGUCCCGUACUCAACCUUCCAGCAGGACUUUGCGCAGGACCUGAGCAAAGUGGGACAUGGCGCUACUUUGGAAACCAUACGAGCAUUUGCAGCCGGACGGAAAGUAGCGCUAACGGAGAGGUCCCUUGCAAUUCUUCCAGCAAACUUCAGAGUCGGCGAUAUCAUCGCUGUGGUGUUUGGUAGCACUGUACCAUACCUACUCCGGCGCAGAACUUCCGAAGCCGACAGAUUCGAGGUGCUUGGCGAAUGCUACCUGCAUGGCAUCAAAGGACCAAAAUGCGCCCCGGAUUACGCAGACCUUCUCGGAUGCUUCAAAGGUUGUGUUUUGGAGGAAGCGGGACGGGCUGAAUUGCCGUGGAGAACAAUUUUCUUGGAGUAA